GCCUUGUUUUACCGUCAACAUGGCUGCUGUAUCUGAAAAUGGUUAUUUACAAAAAUUAAGAUAAUUUAUUUGUAUUAAAAUGAUUGUUUAUUAAGUAAUUAGUGCUACUAUAGACAACACUUUACUACAGAAAAACUUUCUCUACUAUAUUCAACAGGUGGAAAUUAUAAUCUAAGAUGACGAACGAGAAAGUAGCAAUAAAACAAGAGGUAAUGGAAGACGACGACAUGGAAAUAGAUGAAGAUCUACCAACUUUAGGUCCCGCAGCUUUGGGAUUACAACGAGUAGGUACACAACCUCCUCCGAAACCUACUCCAACUCAACCGCCUCAAGUUUUAAACGCCAGAGGAAUGCCAGCUAGAAUAAGAAAGAAGAAUCGUUUAUUUUUUGACGAUGAUAUAGUAAAUACACCACAUCAUCGAGUACCAAGUGCGAAAAAAGCAAAAUCUACUCCAUCCAAGAAGAAUACUCCGGUUAAAGUGAAAGUGGAAAAGACAGAUUAUAAGGUGACUCCUAAAAAAACUCCUUCGAAGGAUUCCAAGUAUCACAAAGACCCUACUCCUCCCCCAAUAAAUUCCCCGGAUAGGAAAAUAGGACAAAAAAUAGGAUUGCGGUUGAGGAAUUUGUUAAAACUACCGAAAGCUCAUAAAUGGGUGUGCUAUGAAUGGUUUUACAGUAACAUAGAUAGAUGUUUGUUUGACGGAGAAAACGAUUUUACCAUAUGUUUAAAAGAAUCAUUUCCCGAGUUGAAAACAAGAGAAUUAACAAGAGUAGAAUGGACGAAAAUUCGUAGGAUGAUGGGGAAACCUCGUAGAUGUUCACAAGCGUUUUUCAAUGAAGAAAGACUGGAAUUAGAAAAGAAGAGAAAGAAAAUCAGGGCUCUACAACAAAGGAAAGCUACGGAUAUGACGAGUUUUAAAGAUUUACCCCCUGAAGUACCAAUGCAAUUAGUUAUAGGUACUAAAGUGACUGCUAGGUUAAGAAAACCACAAGACGGUCUCUUUACUGGAAGCAUAGACGCCGUAGAUACUUCAAAUAACACUUAUAGGAUAACAUUUGAGAGACAAGGCUUAGGAACUCAUUCGGUACCUGAUUAUGAAGUACUAUCAAACGAACCACCUGAAACUAUAUCGAUAAUGAGUUUUCAAGCUAAAUUUAGACCGAGGAAUAACGUAGUGUUUUCACCAGUGAAAACUCCUGUAGUGAAUAAUUUGAAACUUCGAAAAGAUCCCCUGCUUUCCGGUUCGUUGCUCAACACCCCCCCGUUUUCCCAACACCAAGAAGAAGGAAAAAUAGGAGGUUUUCCCACUAGAUUAUUAGAAAGAAUGGUACUAGUCACUAAAAUUUUAAACGUCAAACAAACCAAGAUAAAAACUUUGAAAUCGUUAAACACCGAAGCAGAACAUUUGAUAUCAUUCGACGAAGAAAUAACAGAAGAUUUCGAAAGGAGGUACGCGGGCGUUUUGGUCGAUUUGGAAAAAUUGAAUUUCGAUUUACAGAAGUACCUCGACGAAAUGCAAGUGUACUGUCAACAAAUCGCGACUGAACCGAGCGUUGCAGCUAUGCUAACCCCUUCGCAUUUGAGAGAAAAAUGCAGGGAGGAAGCCAAGGAUAUCGUACAUAAACACCAUUCGAUUAUUUCUUCGGAAAAAGAUUCGUGUCAAAAUCCGUCGGUGCUAGAUUUAAUUACGGACUUGACGGCUUUGUUGUUGCAGGUUAAGAAUAUGUCGGACGUGGAAAGUAACGCUUACGAAUUACAAGUGCUGCAAGGUACAAUGGAACAGAUAAAGAGAACUCUGAGUCCGGCUAAUCAAAGGGUGUUUCAAACGAACGUGGAAGUGCAUAUGAAACAUAUCGAAGUCGGUAUGAAUCAGUUUAACCACGAUAAAUUAUUAGUUGAUACGAAAAUAUGAUUUUUUUUUAUAUAACAACUAGGUAAUUCAAGACUUGUAUAUUUUUAUUUUUUUUUUCAACUUUUGGUGGAAUGAACUUCUGUUAAGAGCCAAUAUUUUGGUCCUAUUUAUUCCUCCACUACGAAAAUUUGAAUAAUAUUUUCAUAGUUUAAACUUCAGUUUUUAUACAUACAGGGUGUGUUCGAUUAUAUAUACGGGGUGUGAUUUAUUUAUAAUUGAAAUUGAUUAAAAUACAAAAAAAUGUAAUAUCGAGAUUUAAUUAAUACAAAAGCUCAUUUUUUAAAUAAUUUUUAUAUACAUCAUUUAUUCCUCAAUAAUGGAAAUACAUACCAUAGUUUUGGAAAAAUUGAAUUCAAUGAAGAAUUUUUCGAAAUUUUGAUUCCCUACCGCACCUUUACCACCCCUUUGUUUCCUAUUUAUAUAUAAUUAUAAUGAUUCUUUAUUAGUUUUCAACGUUCCUACUUUUCAUUUCUUUUCCAUUUACUAGUUGUUUUAAAAUUUUUUAUGUUAAAUUUCAUGAAAAUAUUUGGAAAAUAGGCUUGGAUAUAUUAUGAAUAUAAUUCUUAUUAUUUUUUCCAAGUUUUGGUGGAAUGAACUUUGGUAGUGCGUUCUAAUAAAAGGAAUUAUUUUGGCCCAAUUUAUUCCUCCACUACAAACAUUUUCAAUUUAAAUAUCAAUUUUUAUAUAGGAUGUUUAAUUAUAUAUACAGGGAGUGAUUGAUUUUUAAUUAAAAUUGAUUAUCAUGAAAAAAAGUUAUAUCGCGAUUUUAGUAAUACUAUAUACUAUAGUAUAUGCAUUAUUUAUUUCUCAAAAAUGAAAAUACACACCAUUGUUUUCAAAAAUUAAAUUUGAAUAAUGAAUUUCUCGAAAUUUUGAUUCCCUACCGUUCCCUUGCCACCCAUCUGUAUAUAAUUUUAUCGAUUUUAUUUUCCAACGUUCCUAAAUUUUCUUUUUUUUUCCAUUUACUAUUUUUUUCCUAAUUUUUUUUGUUAAAUUUCAUAAGAAUAUUUAAAAAAUAGGCCUGUCCACAUUAUAAAUAUAAUUCUUUUAAGUUUUGGUGGAAUAAACUUUGGUAGUGUGUUCUAAUAAAUGAAACAAUUUUGGCCCAAUUUAUUCCACCACUACAAAAAUUUGAUAGUUCAAAAUUUAUGUUUUUAUAUAAUUCAGGAUGUGUUUAAUUAUAUAUACGGGGUGUGAUUGAUUUAUAAUUGAGGCUUAUUUUUCAAAUAUGUGGUAAUAUGAAGUUUAUCUAUUCAGUAUAGGUAAAUACAAUGUUUAUUCUCUCUUUAAUCAUUAAAUACAUUAUGUAUUUUUUCAAAAUGAAAAUACAUAGAAAGUUUUUAAAAAAAUAAAAUCGAUUAAUGAUUUUUUUUUUAAAUUUUGAUUCCUUACCACUCCCUUAGCACCCCUCUAUUGCUUUGUUUCCUCUCCAGCUAUGGUUUUAUCAAUUUAUAAACGCCUUCUCAACUUUCCUAAAUUUUCAUUUCUUUUCUAUAAACUAUUUGCUUCUCAAUUUUUUUAUUAUAUUUCAUAAAUAUUAUGAGAAAUAAGCUUUUGUAUAUUAUAAAUAUAAUUUUUAUGAUUUUGAAAAAUUUUGGUGGAAUCAACUUCGGUAGUGUGUUCUAAUUUGGUAGUUAUUUUGUCCCAAUUUAUUCCUCCUCUACAAAAAAAUGAAAUGAUAUUUAUAAAAUAUGACAUUUUAUUUUUCAAAUAUAUAAAAAUAUGAACUUUAUAUAUUUAUAAAUACGAAAAAUGGACGGAAAUAAAUUUAUAAAUGAAGAUCGACAAGUUUUGUUUUUAUAAUCUAACUUUUUAUAUUUACAUAAUCGUUUUUGCACUUGUUUUUGUAUAUCAGCACCCUAAAAAUAUUUUUGACAAUAUUUAUACUCUUUUUCGUGUAUAUAAUUAUGUGCAAUAUAAAUUUUAAGCUCGUCUUAAAAAUAAUAUAUUGUAAACUAUUUGGAUGUAAAUUUUGUCUUUGUUUUUAUGGUUUUUUUCGAACAAUAAAUGAAAAUAAA